AUGGAUGUGCCUCUCAGUCUGUCGCAGCCGCAAGCGUCCCGGCAGCCUGGCUCCACAAUGAGAUGCAUGGCAGACUAUUCAGUGAGUCGGUUUUUAUUGGAAAAACUGUAAUUUUCUGAAUUUCAGGUAAUAAAAGAAGUUGGCGAAGGCUCGUUCAGCACCGUCUAUUACGCCAAGGAAAAGGCCGGCGAUAAGAGAGAAGUGGCGCUAAAAGUGUGCAUGAAAAGUCUUAUUGUGAAGAAGAAAAUGGUAAGUUUUCGUUGUUUUUUAAUAAUAACAAUUUUAUAAUGUCAGGUUCCAUACAUUCACCGCGAAAAAGACACAUUAGUCCUUUUGAAUCGCACAGAAAAUGUGCAUCCGUCGAUUGUAACACUUUUCGCCACUUUUCACGACGCCGAGAGUCUUUAUUUUGUGCUUUCUUAUGCAAAAUGUGAGUUUUAGUUCGUAAAUGAUAAUAAAUCCGAUUUCAGACGGCGAUCUCGUGAAUCUGGUCACAAAACAGCCGGACAGUCGGUUAACCGUCCACGACGCGCGCUAUUAUUCGGCGAUUUUGCUCUCAGCACUGAGUUUGUCAAAAAACUGAAUACAAACCCCUAAAUCUAUGAAAUUUCCAGUGCACAUUCAUUCGCUAGGAAUCAUCCAUCGAGACGUGAAGCCUGAGAAUUUGUUAGUAAAAGAGGACGGCCGGAUACUUUUAUCCGACUUCGGAUCCUCAAAAUUUUUGAAGGAUUACGAGAGAGCGGAUGGAGAAGAAGAGGAACAGCAGCCGACGGGCCGGAGACGGUCUUUCGUCGGCACCGCCCAUUUUGUGACGCCCGAACUUUUGAAAGGACAGCAAAUGGGCCCGGCCAGUGAUUUUUGGUCCUUUUCCGUCUGUCUUUUCUUCUUUUUAACAGGUUUUUCACUCAAAUCUCAAAACAAAAACCUUGUAAAUUGCAUUCAGGAAAGCAUCCGUUCGACGAUCCCUCCGAAUACCUGAUCUUCCGGCGAGUUCAGGACAUUUUGUACACUUUCCCGGAAAACUUUGAUAAAAACGCCAAACAUCUUAUUGAACACGUUCUAGUCACUAAAGUGAGUUGGAAAACAACGGAAUAUGCGGGAAACGUGGACAUUUUUCAGAUUGAAGAGCGAUUAACUGCCCACGAGCUCACGGAGCACGAUUUUUUUCGACCAAUCGAUUUUACCAAGCUUCAAGAGCUCGAGCCCCCAAAGAUUUAUUUAUGA